AUGCAACAACCUCCUCAAUCUCUCCCGACACCCAUUCCGCAGUUCGUCGUUUUACAUGAUCAACUGCAACAAUCAUGGAAACAUCCCAUUGUGCAUUAUGUUUUUGAGGAAGAACCCUUUCCCAUGGGAAUGCCUAAGGAUCAUUGCGUUGUUGUUGAUAUCACAGAGGAUGGGGAUGCUGUUGCAGACGUUCACUCAUAUAGUCAUAGAUUUCAGGUGACUGGGUGUAAGAUUAGCUCCACUCCGCAGCUUGGAGCACCCAGUAGAGAGUCAGCAGCGAGCUUAAUGUUGACUAUUGAAGGGCUUACUGCUAGCAAUAAUAGUUCAGAUCCGCCGCAGUCAAUGCAACAUCGUUCUGGAAAUGCUGACGAAAUGGAUCAAAUUUCCAAUAUUUACGGACUGGACGAGCUGCUUUAUGAUUUCAAACGACGGUAA